AUGAACAACCAACAGCUCCUCCAAAUCUUGGAAACCUGCCCAUUUGAGCCGACUUUAAUCGAGUACCCCAAGGAGCAACGGGCGCUGCCGAUUGCUCAUGCUCCGAAGAGAAUUUGCCCGCUGAACACUGCGGAGAAGAGGGUAAAUUUUAGAUAUUCUAGGAUUCCUGAUCUUUCAAUGUUUUUUAAAAUACGCCCUACUGUCUUUUAAGUAUACUUUCUUGUUACAGAGUGUUACAGCGAAUAUGAUGACCAAUUUUGGCAGGAGAAGUGCUCAAAAUGCGACCUUUAUAUAUAUUUUAAUAAAGCCCGGCACAAAAAUAUUUAGAAUAAUUUUUGCCAAGACAUAUGCGAGAGUUCGCACUUUGCUGAAUAGUUCGCGCUUUGCAGAAACAACCGAGAUUUUUGAGCCGAAAUUUGGCAAAAAAGGUGGCGUUUUUUCGCGUCUUGAUUUUUGGGAUCAACACAAAAUCGAUCGAUAAAGGGCCUAGGACAGGUAGAUACGGUAGAUACCCCCCAAAAAAAGGUGGUAGAAGUGCCUAUGAGGCCUGGAAAACCCGUUGCGAACGCUCCGCGAAGGCUCGGCGGAGCCUUGCAAUAUGUCCACUUUUUCUAAUUUUAGCUAUUACUAAGGUUAGUUUUCUUUAUCCUGAGUUAUUGUAACAUAUAAAAGACCAAAAUUUGAGGCCAAAAACGAAGAUCGAUGACUUUUAUAGCCAAAAAAUGCUUUUUUUCUGUGAUCGCUCUCCACACUUUGCCUGAUUUCUUGACUUCGUGGCCGCAAACGAGCCUUGAAUAUCUCGGCUGCCCUGGCAAAUUGCUGGCCAAAAUAUUCAGGAUAUUUGGCAUAGACUAUGCCAAAAAUUUAAAGAAAAUCUGAGCGUCGCAUUUCGAACACUUCCCUUGUAAAAUAAUAUUUACAUUUUGAACAACAACCAGCCUCAAUUUUGCCACUCUCUCUCUAUCAUAUAAGUCAUCUUUCACCACUUCAUUUUCCAGCAAGCCAUCUCCAAUAUUCUCCGAUAUGUGCCGGCCAAACAUCAUCAAGAGUUGGCGCAGGAAUUCGCCGAGGAAUUGGAGCAAUAUGGCCACAUCUACGCCUACCGUUUCAUGCCCAAUCAUCAGCUCAACUCGCUUCCAAUCGAUCAAAUCCCUUGCAAAACGAGGGAGGGAGCCGCGAUUGUGCUCAUGAUUUUGAACAAUUUGGACCCGGCGGUGGCCCAAUUCCCUCAGGAAUUGGUGACUUAUGGGGGAAAUGGACAGGUAUAUCAAAUUUUCAAGUUUUUUCUUCAUUUUGAUUUUGAUGAAACUUGCCAAAAAUUUAGGUUACAAUUUUUUAAGGUAUUUUCGGGAUUUUUUAAUAGGGGAAUUACCUCAAGUGCGACGCUCAGAUUUUUAUCAAACUUGGCACAAAUUUAGAACGAUUUUUUCUAAAAAAUAUGCGAAAAUUCUAGCUUGCGCUUUGCAGAAACAGCCGAGAUUUUUAGAUCGAAAGUUGGCGAAAAUUUAAGAUUUUUUGGCGAAUUUCAGCGCGAAAAAUUUCAUACCUAUUUCUACCCUAAAGGGUAAUGUUUCUACAAAAAAUCAUUUUUUUCCGCGCGAAACUGGCAAAGUUAUGACCAAAAAGCGUUUUUCUCUCUGACCGCUCUCCACGUUUAGCGUGCUCUCUCGGCGGCAAAGAUGGUUCAAUAUCUCGGUGGCGUUUGCAAAGGGCGAGUUAAAACUUUCAGGAAUUGAUAGUUAGCUUAUGCCCGACAUUUGUGCAAAGUUUUAAGAAAAUCUGAGCGUCGCACUUAGGGUACUUGUAACUUACAGGCGAAAAUUUUUGCGGACACGUCGGGCAUAGACUAGAUAUCAAUUCCUGAAAGUUUUAGCUCGCUCUUUGCAGGCGCAGCCGGGAUAUCGAACGAUCUUUGCCGCCAAGAGAGAACGCUUCACGCGUAGAGCGGUCAGAGAUAAAAACGCUUUUUGGCCAUAACUUUGCCAGUUUCACGCGGAAAAAAUUGAUUUUUUGUAGAAACAUGACCCUUUAGGGUAGAAAUAGGUAUGAAAAUUUUCGUGCCAAAAUUCGGCAAAAAGUCUCACAUUUUCGCCGACUUUCGAUCUAAAAAUCUCGGUUGUUUCUGCAAAGCGCGAGCUAGGAUUCUCGCAUAUGUCUUAGAAAACAUUAUUCUAAAUUUGUGCCAAGUUUCAUCAAAAUCUGAGCGUCGCACUUGAAGUACUUCCCCUGUUAAAAAAACAUCUUUUUUUCAGGUAUUUUCCAACUGGAUUCAAUUCCGCUUGGUCCUCCGCUACCUGUACGAAAUGUCGGACGAACAAACCCUCUCCCUCUACUCCGGCCAUCCUCUCGGCCUCUUCCCAUCCCACAAAACCGCGCCCAGAGUCGUGAUCACCAACGGAAUGAUGAUUCCAAAUUACUCGACCAAACAAUUGUACGAUAAAUUCUUCGCGUUGGGCGUUACCCAAUAUGGUCAGAUGACGGCGGGCAGCUACUGCUAUAUUGGGCCGCAGGGGAUCGUGCAUGGCACCACGAUCACUGUGAUGAAUGCGGGACGAAAGUAUUUGGGGGUGGAGAGUUUGGCGGGCAAAGUUUUUGUGACCGCCGGAUUGGGGGGAAUGAGUGGCGCGCAGGCAAAAGCGGCCGUCAUUUCGGGCUGUGUUGGAGUUAUUGCGGAGGCAAGUUAGUUGCAAUACACUUAAAAAUAGUUAAAAAAUAGGAUAGUAUACUAAAGUUAAUCAAAAAAAAUUUCAAAAGAAUGAUGAUUUAUGACUUUUACCACCUAAAAUACGGUAAAUAGAUACUCAAAACUCUCUUAUAGUUAACGUCAUGCCACUCAGAAGCGAAAAGGGCCUUUCUGCAUUUCGAAAAAAUAAUAAUUUCGCUACAGUGACGGACCUGAUCCAGUGGCAAAAAACGUAUCAUUUUGUAUCCGGGAAGUAUUAAAAAUGUGGCAAAAUGCCUCCCUGUCCAACUAAAAAACUCCAUUUAGAAGGAGCCCUCACAAAAAGAGUGGGCGCGCUUUUGAAAUGGGAGUUUUUUCACUUGGAGAGGGAGGUGUUUUGCUGCAUUUUUGAUACUUCCGGGAUGCAAAAUGAUACGUUUUUGGCCAAUGGAUCAGGUCCGCCACUGUAGUGAAAUUAUUAAUCUUUCGAAAUGCAGAAAGGUCCUUUUCGUUUCUAAAUGGCAUGACAUUAACUAUUAGAGAGUUUUGAAUAUCUAUUUACCGUAUUUUAGGUGCAAAAAAUCACGAAUUUAUCACUUUUUGAAAUUUUUUUUGGUUAACCUUGAUAACUCUACUAUUUUUGGUAAUUUUUCGAAUUUCUGAACUUAAAAUAAGGUAAUUUGAUGUCGCAAAUUUUCUAGCCUAGACUUGCACACCUCUUUCUGCUCAUAACACUCUAUUUCAUACAUGAUUCCCAUCAAAAAUAACAAAUUUUGGUAAUUUUUCCAAGAUUUUAGUCAUAAAAUAAGGUAAUUUAUCCAAAAACCCCCAAAUUUUUUGCAGAUAAGUGAAGAAGCCCUGCUGAAACGGCACAAACAAGGUUGGUUGGAUGUGCACAGCUCGGAUCUGAACCAAAUCCUGUUCUGGAUUCGCGAAUAUCGCGAGCUCAAAAAGCCGGUGAGCAUCGGGUACCACGGAAACGUGGUGGAUCUCUGGGAACGCCUGGCCCAAGAAGAGGAGCAACUCGUGGAGCUGGGCUCCGACCAGACCUCCUGCCACAACCCCUUCAACGGCGGCUAUUAUCCGGUGGGGAUUUCGUUCGCCGAAGCCAACGCUUUGAUGGCUUCGGAGCCGGACAAGUUCAAACAAUUGGUCCAGAAAAGUUUGUUGCGGCAAAUCGCGGCGAUCGAAAAGUUGGCGCAGCGUGGAAUGUACUUUUGGGAUUAUGGGAACGCAUUUUUGGUGGAGUGUCAUCGCGCCGGCGCAAAGAUUUUGGCGGAGAACGCCAAGGACGACAAAUCUUUCAAGUUCCCAUCGUACAUGCAGGAUAUUAUGGGGUAGGUGUAAGAUCUGAAUGAAAUUUGACACAAAAUUGGAUUACCACAGUGGCGGACCUGAUCCAGUGGCAAAAAACGUACCUUUUUGCAUCCGGGAAGGCAAAAUACCUCAAUCUCCAAGUAAAAAAAAAACUCCGAUUUCAAAAGCGCUUUUUGUAAAAGAAAAGGCGAGCCCUUCAAAACGAAGUUUUUUCACUUGGAAAGGGAAGCACUUUGCCACAUUUUUGAUGCUUCCCGGAUGCAAAAUUAUACGUUUUUUGCCACUGGAUCAGGUCCGUCACUCUACUUUCUACGACAUGUGCGACAUUUUUUAUUCGUACUUUGCAAAAACCACCGAGAUUUUUAGGCCGAAAUUGGAAAAAUUCGAAACUUUUUUUGAUUUUCUGGAAUUUUGAGCGUCUUCAUGUUGAUGAAUUGAAAGCUUCUUCAGAAAAUUAGGUUUUUCCAAGGGAAGUUCGUAGAGUUAUGACCGGAAAGCACUUUUUUCUCUGACCGACCCUCCUAGAUUUACGUGCUCUCUCGGAAAUCGUUGAAUAUCUCAGCUGGCCCUCAGAAUAUCAGUCUGUCGGGAAAAUAACGGCGGAGCGUCGCGCAUCGGAAUCGCCCAUUAUCGCUUUGCGACUGCAAGCCGUGGCUUGGGAUUUGGUGCGCGAUAGCGGCGAGGCGAGACAUUUUGCUGCGACAAUCCGCCGUUAUUUUCCCGACAGACUGAUAUCAAUUACAGCUCACCCUUUGAAGGGACAGCUGAGAUAUUCAACGAUUUGCGAGAGAGCAUGUAAAUCUAGGAGGGUUGGUCAGAGAAAAAAGUGCUUUCCGGUCAAAACUCCAUGAACUUCCCUUGGAAAAAAAUAAUUUUCUGCAGAAGCUUUCAAUUCAUCACCAAAAAGACGAUCAAAAUUCCAGAAAAUCGAAAAAAAAAGUUGCGAAUUUUUCCAAUUUCGGUCUAAAAAUCUCGAUGGUUUUUGCAAAGCACAAAUUAAAAAUGUCGCACAUGUCUUAGAAAGUGGUACUCCAAAUUUGUAUCAAAUUUCAUCAAAAUCAAAGAGUCGUUAACAAACGGAUUUCAAUUUUUAAAUUUUUUCAGCGACAUUUUUUCCCUUGGAUUUGGUCCCUUCCGUUGGGUUUGCACCUCCGGCCUGCCCGAAGACCUCGCGUUAACCGAUAAAAUUGCCUGUGAAGUCAUCGACAAACUCGCCGCAGACACAAAUGGUAAGCCCUAUAUAUCCUCCAGCCAAUUCAUAAUUCUUCAAAAUUUCAGUUUCUCCCCAAACAAAACAGCAAUACAUCGACAAUCGCCGAUGGAUUCAAGGUGCAGGGGAACAUAAAAUGGUGGUCGGAAGUCAAGCCAGAAUACUGUAUUCGGACCAGUUGGGGCGAAUUGAGAUCGCGCUGGCUUUUAAUAAGGCAGUAAAGGAGGGGAAACUGAAGGUAAAGAGAUUUUUUUAUAUUGUAGUAGGUGUUUGACGCAAAAAUUUUGGUAAAAUACGCUAGAGAACGAUGUUCUAUUAAUUUUAAAUUAAAUUUACAGCUAGAAAUUAAAUUUUUCGAACCAAUUUAAAUCAAAAAAGUUUAAAAAACAAUCAAAAAAUCGAAUUUUCACCUUAUUUUAGCCUAAAAUAAGGUAAAACCGAAAUUUAGAGGCUCCAAAUCUCUCCCAACUAUAAUAAAAUAAAUUCCAGGGCCCCGUAGUCCUCUCCAGAGACCAUCACGAUGUCAGUGGCACAGACUCUCCGUUCCGCGAGACCUCCAACAUCACCGACGGCUCCGCCUACACAGCUGAUAUGGCCAUCCAAAACGUGAUCGGCGACUCGUUCCGCGGCGCCACAUGGGUCUCAAUUCACAAUGGGGGUGGGGUAGGAUGGGGAGACGUCAUCAACGGGGGAUUUGGCCUGCUUUUGGACGGAAGCGAAGACGCUGAUAAACGCGCGAAAUUAAUGCUGACCUGGGAUGUGGCGAACGGCGUGGCUCGCCGCUCCUGGUCGGGAAAUCAGAACGGAAGGGAUACCAUCAUCAAGACUAUGAGCCUUGUGCCCGGCCUGAAGGUCACAGUCCCACAAAUUGUGGACGAAUCGCUUCUCAACACCUUAUUUUAG